GCGCUGAGGCGGGAGGCGCAGCAACUUUGUGCGGAGAAAGAGCGAGAGAGCGAGAGAAAGCGAGAGCGAGAGAGCGUGAGAGAGAGAGAGGGGAUGCAGCGGGCUCCCGGCGCAGCCUGAAAAAUGGCACCACUCUGGAUUUACCCGUCCCUCCUUUUCUGCCUCCUGCCUUCCCUCAAACCGAGUCGAGCCUUACGGAGUUACCCGGAGAACGAAGUUACGCUACUGGACUCUAUGUCUGCACUGGGAGACCUGGGUUGGGAGGCCUAUCCAGCAGAAGGGUGGGAGGAGAUCAGCGUGAUGGAUGAACGCAACACACCCAUGCGCUCCUACCAAGUGUGCAACGUGAUGGAGGCCAACCAGAACAACUGGCUGCGGACACGCCACAUCCCGCGUGAUGGCGCCCAACGUGUCUACAUUGAGAUCAAGUUCACGCUACGCGACUGCAACAGUCUGCCUGGGGUCCCAGGAACAUGUAAGGAAACCUUCAACAUGUACUACUAUGAGUCCAACAACCCCAACCUGUGGUUCAUCAAGGAGAGCCAGUACGUCAAGAUUGAUACCAUAGCAGCUGACGAAAGCUUCACACAGACCGACGUUGGCGACCGUGUCAUGAAGCUCAACACGGAGGUGCGCGACAUCAGCAACCUCAGCAAGAAGGGCUUCUACCUGGCCUUCCAGGACGUAGGAGCAUGCAUCGCCCUGGUGUCCCUGCGAGUCUUCUACAAGAAGUGCCCCACAGCUGUGCUGAACCUUGCGCAGUUCCCUGACACGGUGACAGGAGGUGACUCUGCACUGGUUGAGGUGCGGGGCUCCUGUGUCAAUGACUCGGAGGAGUUUGAAGCACCCAGGAUGUAUUGCAGCGCUGACGGAGGGUGGCUGGUGCCCAUUGGGCGCUGCGUCUGCAAGCCGGGAUUUGAGGAGAGCAAAGACUACUGCCAACCUUGCAGACCGGGCACCUACAAGGCUUCGUCCAUGGACGGCUACUGCAGCAAGUGUCCACCUCACAGCUACUCUCACCAGGAGAAAGCAUCUGAGUGCCCGUGUGAGAAGGGCUACUACCGCGCUGACAUGGACCCCCGAUCCAUGGCCUGCACCAGGCCCCCUUCGGCUCCAGAAAACCCCAUCUCCACCCUGAAUGACACCUCUGUCACCCUGGAGUGGAGCCCUCCACGGGACAGUGGUGGACGCGGUGACGUUACCUACAACAUCCACUGCAGAAAGUGUCCAGGGGAUGGCAGGAAGUGCAGCCCCUGUGGCAGCGGUGUGCAUUUUCUGCCCCGUCAGUUUGGACUCUCCAUGGCCAAAGUGCUGGUCUCAGAUCUGCUGUCUAAUACCAACUACACCUUCAGCAUCGAGGCGGUCAAUGGGGUAUCUGACCUGAGUCCAACCCUGAAACAACAAGUGACUGUCAACAUCACCACUGGCCAGACAGUGAGUGUUAUUCUGAAAGAGAGAAAGAGUAAGGACAGCAUCACUCUGGCGUGGCAGGGACCUGACAGACCAAACGGAGCCAUCGUCGAGUACGAAGUCAUUUAUUAUGAAAAGAACCAGAGGGACCAGAACUACACGGUGCUGAAGACCAAGUCUAAUGUGAUGACAGUGGAAGGCCUGAAACCUGGGACUACCUAUGUGUUCAGAGUCCGCGCUCGCACCGACGGAGGCUACGGCAGCUAUGGCGGCGAGAUCGAGCUGGAGACCAGCCAUGAAGAUAUGUUGGCUAUUGGAGAUCCCAACCAGUCCACCAUCCUGGCCGUGUCAAUAGCAGGUGGCGUGGUGCUCCUCAUCUUCUUGGUGGCUUGCUUCGUAGUGAGUGGAAGACACUGCGGCUACAUCAAAGCCAAGCAAGACCCAGACGAAGAGAAAAUGCAGUUUCAGCAUGGAAGAGUCAAACUGCCGGGAAGCAGGACCUACAUCCACCCACAUACCUAUGAGGACCCCAAUCAAGCUGUGCGCGAUUUCGCCAAGGAAAUUGAUGCUUCCAGCAUCCGCAUAGAGAGGGUCAUUGGUGCUGGAGAGUUUGGAGAGGUGUGCAGCGGCCGCCUGAAGCUGCCCAGCAAACGGGAGAUCUACGUAGCCAUCAAGAGCCUGAAAGCGGGCUACUCGGAGAAACAGAGGCGGGACUUCCUGAGCGAGGCCAGCAUCAUGGGCCAGUUUGACCACCCCAACAUCAUCCGGCUAGAGGGAGUCGUCACCAGAUGCAAGCCGGUGAUGAUAAUAACGGAGUACAUGGAGAACGGAUCCUUGGAUACCUUCUUAAAGAAACAUGACGGGCAGUUCACCAUAAUCCAGCUGGUGGGGAUGAUGCGAGGAAUCGCCUCGGGGAUGAAGUACCUGUCGGACAUGAACUACGUCCACCGCGACCUGGCCGCUCGCAACAUCCUGGUCAACAGCAACCUCGUGUGUAAGGUGUCAGAUUUCGGCCUGUCCCGGGUGCUGGAGGACGACCCCGAAGCUGCCUACACUACAAGGGGUGGGAAAAUCCCAAUCCGAUGGACGGCACCAGAAGCCAUCGCCUACAGGAAGUUUACCUCGGCCUCAGACGUGUGGAGCUACGGCAUCGUCAUGUGGGAGGUGAUGUCAUAUGGAGAGCGGCCGUACUGGGAGAUGUCCAAUCAAGAUGUGAUAAAGGCAAUAGAUGAAGGCUACAGGCUGCCGGCUCCCAUGGACUGCCCUGUGGUGCUCCACCAGCUGAUGCUGGACUGCUGGGAGAAGAGCCGCAGUGAGAGGCCCAAAUUUGGGCAGAUUGUCAACACCCUGGACAAGCUGAUCCGCAACCCCAACAGCCUGAAGGAGCUGGCCAACAGCUCCAUAUGGGAAGAUCCAACAACCCCAGAGUUCAGUGUCAGUUCUGUGGAUGAGUGGCUAGAUGCUAUCAAGAUGGGCCAAUACAAGGACAACUUCUCCUCCGCUGGAUACGUCACGUUAGAUUCAGUACUCUACAUCAGUUUAAGCGAGUUGAGUAAAAUGGGCGUGACUCUUGUGGGACACCAGAAGAAAAUCCUCUCCAGCGUCCAGGGUCUGCACGCCCAGGGCAGCCACGUGCAGGUAUAACACAGCCCCAGAGUGGACAGACUGACUGACAGACAGAGAAGGAGAGAGAGAAAGAGAGAGCGAGAGAGCUAAAGCCAGGACAGCUGCUCUCAGAACAGUCCCCGAUCAGCAGCUUCACCAUAUCAACCCCCAUCUUUGGACGAUUGGAGCGCCGCUCCAGCCUGCGGUGCAGAGACUGACCUGCCGUGGGCAACGUGGACAGAAUGGACGCUCACCAAAUGCAGAGAAUACUAACUUUAAAAAACGCAUAGAUGAUUUAACGACCACCGUUUUGUGAAGUGUACAGUCAUUUUGCAUCGUCUUUUGCAUUCUUUGUGUUGUCGUUCGCUACCUGUUCGAGGCUUGAUUUAGCUUGUGAAGUGCAUAAAGAGGUGCCUGAUAAUAGCUGGAGUGGAUUUGGACCUAAGGUUAGUGCAAUCGGAGCCUACCUCAGUUAUAGGUAUGCCAGCCAUUCUUCUAGAAAAUGACCGAAGCGGAUCAGUGUGAGUGAUCUACAGCAUCAGUUGUCCAUUUGUGUGGCCGUAUGAUGUUUGCUCAGGCUGGCCAUUUCAUUUUUGUACA